AUGCACUUUGCGAUGCCGGAAUGCAACCGACCCGCAUCCGUGGAACACACCAUCCGACUGGACCGACACUGUACUGGCUUACAAACACUAGGCGCUGAAACAGUUGUAGAUGUGUGGCUGUACAGCACACCAGAAAUGCUGCAGCAUGAAUACAAAGAAGACAUUCCACCCACCUUACCGAUAGAUACAAAUGAAACACAAGAAACAGAAAAAUCCUCCAGUGAAGAACAUCAAAAACAAAAUCCUAAUGAAAUCUCUAACAUAAUUAAUGAUUUUGAUCAUGUGGACAACAUAAAAACAGGGGAAAACAAUGAUGCUGAAAAAGUAAAUGACAGUUGGCUAGAGUUCUUUUCUAAAGACACCACGGUGUUAAAUGUUGACGAGAUGUUAGUGAAAGAUAUUAAAAAAGAAGGAAUAGAUUACACUGAUCUAGAAGCUGCAAUCGACACUUCAAUAAUUUCGAGGACCAAUGAAUCUAACACAAAUGAUUCUAUUUUAUACGAUCAGCUCUCUAUAACACCUGAUUGCACAGAUUACAAAAUAAACGAACCCGCCGAAGAUUUGCCGAGUGAGAUUCUAAAUCAGUCUGUAUGUUCAAAGAAAAGAAUAGUGAAAUAUAUUGAUCCUGCGACCGGGAAAAUUUACUAUUUGGAAAUGGAUAGAGAUCUAGAUUUAACAAAAGUUCAAGAAAUCGUAAUAAACUCUCAAGGGAACGUAAAGACGGCAAAAAUAAGUCCGAUUAAGUCGAACGGCUUGAAACAUGUGCGGAACUCGAAACACAGGGAGUCAUUAUUAAGGCCAGAAGUUAGAAGUUUGAUAAAAAAAGAAAUGAAAACUGAUAACUACAGAGCCUUGAACAAUUAUCCGCACAUAGAAAAUGAUCAUUGUUAUUUAGCGGCACCUAGGUAUGACCACAUAGACACCGAGAAUGAGGAAGAAAAUGAUGAAGAAAUGCCAAUGGAAAAUCGAGUUAGUGUCGAUAAUGUCAUUUCAACUGAUGGAAAAGAUCUCUAUGAAACUCUUUGUGGAGUUAUACGAAGGUUUUCAAGCGUUAGAAUAGCAGCGAACUACCUAUUGAAAAAGAUUCCUUUGAUUACUGAUAAGGCAAAAGAACCAGACUAUGUUAAAUACUUUCCGUUUGUUGUCGAAAAUGAUGAGAAAUACUGGAAGUUGGACUUCGCUAAGAGGAGAAAUAUUGAAUGGUCCAGAGCAAAACUUAUCAACAAAUUAUUAAAAGAAAAUCUAAGAACAGAUGAGCAAAUAUGGCGGACAAAGCAAAUACUAAUAUACUCCAGAUUGCACGGGUUCUAUCCAAUUAGAACGGAAAAUAUACCCCAGCACUUGGACACAAGUAGUGAGGAGUGGUCGAUAUGGAAUUCGAAUGAUGAUUCGAGACAAAUGGAAACUGAGAAAAGUGAAAGUUGUCCUAACUUUGAUUUCAAUACAUUGACACUGUUUGAUAGUGAAGAAUUACUCGGUAACACUUCCCUAUUGGAGUCUGUCACUCAAUCAGACUCCGAUGAGGAAAUUGACAUUGUAGGGUGUGAAACUAAAGUGAAAGUGAAAAGUGAAGUGGUUCCUGAGACAAGUUUAGAGGUGUUACCCGUUGAGAGUGAAGAGGACAGACUAAGGUUUAUGUUUAUAGAGAAAAAGUGCGCAGACAUUGGGAUAGAGUUGAGAAAUGAGGAUAUCGGAAAUGGAUAUUCAUAUAGUGCGGUGCACGCGGUGUUGCUCUCCGCGGUGCGCAGCUUCGCGGAGGAGUUGUUGCGCAGCGGGCUAGCCGCAUCUAUCGUACCGCACACAGUCCCGGGUUCGAUGCCACUCGUCUGGACCGAGCGUGCGCGAGUGCGUGCCGUGUGCGCGCGCGCGGUGCGGGCCGCGCUCAGUUCUGCGCCGCGCCUGCAGCUGCUGUCUGCACGUGGCCUCGCCGCGCUACCGCACACCACGCAACCGCUUUAA